CAGCGGCACCGCCAUCCGGCGAGCGAUCGGCACCGAGACACCGAGCGAGUGAUCGGCUCUGAGACACCGAACACCGAGCGGGGCCGCACCGAGACACCGACAGCGGCACCGCCAUCCGGCGAGCGAUCGGCACCGAGACACCGAGCGAGCGACCGGCCCGCCAUGGCUCCCGCCAGGACGAAGGGCGGCUCGAGCACGCGCAGCAGGAAGCUCGCGGCCAUCCUGAAGGAUUUCGACUGCGAGGUGAACCAGCGGCUGGAGCGGCUGCGGGCGGACGAGGAGCGGCUGGUGAAGGAGGUGGAGAAGCGGUACGACAUGGAGAUCCUGCGCCUGCCGCUGGAGCUGCGCCAGCUGAACUGGCUCGAGUUCUUCGGUAAAGAAGGAAGUGGAAAGGCACUGGAGGAGGUGGCCAUGGCAGACUUGGAAAUAGCAGAAAUAGACAAGCGGACAGCAGAAGUUAUCAAUACUCAGUUUGAAAUCGUCAAGAAAGAGGAGAAAUCCAAAAGGAGUGUUGAAGCCAUCAAGGAGGAAGCAGAGCCUCCGUCACUUCCUCUGCCAAAGAAAUCCAGAGUUGACAGCCAGUGUCCUUCAGAGACAGAGGCUGAGAGUGUGAAUCCAAGAUCUGCAAAGGUGAAGGCGUCCACCAAAAAGCCGCCCAUGUCCAGAGGACCCCGGUCAGCGAGAGUGAAGCACAGGAGCAAGAGAUCAAGCAAAAACAGCUUUAUCACUCCAGCUACUGGGAGAAUGGGUGAUUUCUGUGCUCAGGGAGGUACCUCCAUGAUCACACCCAGAUUUGAUUCUAGGGUGUUCAAGACGCCGGGCUUGCGCACGCCCGCGCUCAACGAGCGCGUUUACACCAUCUCUGCCAACGGCAGCCCCCUCGCCGACACCGGGGACGCCUUCCUGACCCUGCCCCUGGGUGGAGGGGAGAGCAUACGUUUGACAGCAAAGGAUUUGACCAAGAAGAAUUUUCUUCAGCUGAACCCCAAGGCCCGGGGGCUCAUGAAGAAGUUGUCAGUUUGUCUCACCAAGGCUUGCAGCGAGGCAAAGAAACCCGUGGAUGGAAGUCACUGAGUGAUGCCAUCCCUCUGCAAAUACGUGUUACAUUUAGGACUGAUACCUUCAUUUAGUUCUUCUCAUUUGUAUUCCUUUCAUUAAUUUACAGAAUGAAAGCUAAGAGCUAGUUUUUUCUAUCUAUAAUAUGUACUGUAUGUAAUGCAAUCAAAAUAAAUUGCAUUUUUUUUUUAA